CCCUUCGCAUUUAUUCAUCACUCCUGAUACAACCCACCCCCGAUGCGCACACAAUGGGCUCUGAACUUCCAAGAAAGCGUCUAAGUGUAGCCGCCAGUUUCUCUCGGACUCCCCAAAACCGAUUGGGGACGAAACAGGCCCGGAGCAAAGGAACCCCCAUCAGAGUGCCGACGUCUUCCGAGAUAUGCGUUGUGGAAGAUGACUACGUCACGCUUGACCCCAAAAAGCAAAAGACGUCCGAGAACCCGUUGAGGUUCGAUUUUAGUGUCUUCCACCCCGCCAGGGUUUCCCGGACGUACAAGGGUAUUAAGCGUAGCGCACUUGACAUGAAUGGCCAGGAAAUCACGUACUUCACCGGGGCCGUCACAGAAUGCACGUUAAUGCCGCUGGCGGUUUGUUUUGAGGGUAAAAAAAGAACGGAUAUUUCCAGCAUAGAGUUAACUGCGGAAUAUCUCUUUCUCAUGAAUAAGGAGAGAGACGCGCGAUGCAUCAUCCCCAAACACGACCUCCUCCUGAUACACUACGCGGCUGAGGAUCUUCUCAUGGCGUUCCGGUGCAAGAGGAAUGGGGUCUCCAUCGUGAGCUUCCUCCACGUGCGCGCGCCAGGCACGCGUGACUUUUGCCGUACCAUUGAUCCGUUAAUGAAGAAGGUCAACCGCAAGUGGACUACGAGCAGAGUUCUGAGUAAAGAAAUGUGUAAAGAGGUAGCCAGACUCACUGCGUUGGCCAAGAAUGAUAAAUACCCAACGUUCGCUACAUGGGCCCGUGACACUGGUGUGGCAGAUAGCGAGGUUGAACUGGUUGGGGAUCGCUACGUUGAAGUGGUCGACGAGGUAUUUGAGGAUAGUCAGCUUGAAGAGCGUAGCCAAACUGAUGUUGUUGAGGUUUCCGGGAUCACUGGUUUGGUUGAGAGCUCCAGCAUCAAUGACAGAGAGCUCAGUCGUGAGCUUAUCGAGGGACAUAAUCAUGAGCUGGUUGAGGAAUACCGUCGCACAUAUGUGAUUGGGCUGCCGCACCCCAAGAAAGAAACACCAAGUUCACGAAAGCUGAGCACCCCCUCGUCCACGGUAAAGGAAAAGCCUCUUCCGGAACGGAAGUUAAGACUGACCAAGGAUGGUGGUAAAAAGCACCAGAGUUUAGGCGAUUUGAGGUUCCUGAAUUUCCCCUUUGAUCAUUCGCUCAAUUACAAGUUCAGGGACAAUUCCCAGAUCACCAUCACUGUGGCUGACCACGGCAGUUUGGCCCCUAGGACUUGGGUCAACGACACCGUGAUCGACUUUUUUGCCAAAUACUAUGCUGACCAGGCGACUGAAGACCCCUGCAAUACACUCCAAGAAACUGAUGUUUUUGUGCUAUCGGCCUUUGUCUUCACCAAGAUCAUGGCGAGCGGAGGCGACUACACCGAUGUGUUGCGGUGGGUAGGCAAAGCGACCCCCGAUCUUUUCCAGUACAAAAGCGUCAUUUUGCCCAUCAACCAGAAAGACCAUUGGUAUUGUGCCGUUAUAGUUGGCUUACUGGGAUUAUGGAAUCCCCCGAAGGCUAAAAACCUGGAAAGGGUGUCAAAAUACUCUACUCACAAGAAAUCUCCCUCUGAAAAACCUAAGACCUCGCGGUCCGACCAGCCCAUUAAGUCGCAAAUUUUAGAAACUUUCAUGCAGUCGAAAGUUGUUGCGGAAAAGCCUGGGCAAAAAUCGUACAAAAGACAAGCGCCUAAUAAAUUAGAUUGCUCCACGCCAGAAAUCAUCGACAGCGAUGACGACAAUGAUGAGGUGCUGUGUCUCGAGGAUUUACAGCCUCCAUCCCCAGAUCCAACCCCCAGUCUGCUACCCCAUGCCACGAUCUACGUAUGCGAUUCUCUUGGGAUUCCACAUCCUAAAAUUGAGGACCCGCUUCGCAACUUUUUGGCCGCUGCCUUGUUGAGCAAACACAACGUCACGUUGGCGGAUCCGGAAAAGCAGCUUGUGGUGAAAAGGGCCGACGUUCCACAUCAAAAAAACUACAUCGACUGUGGGGUUCGCGUGAUUCACAACCUCCAAAAGUUUUUAGACCAUCCAGACGCAAUGGUUGCGUACUGGGAGAGCGAGACUAAAGAUAGCUCCUUUUUCGGUAGAGUAACGGGUGGAAUCAUUCGAGCGAAGUAUCAAGGCGUUUUGUCUGGGUUACUCGAAAGCCAAGUUGCCAAGGUUGGCCAUCCGAGAGAUUUGGGAACAGAGGUGACAAGUGGCAAUUUGAGCGACGAUAGUGACAUUGAAAUGGUGGACGAGAAAACCCUUUCUAAUGUGAAUGAUCCGAGUCGGAAGUCGGAAGGUGGAGCGGAUGAUGGGGCAGAGAGGAAAGGUGUUGACAAAAGUCGGAGCAGAAAGGCAGGAACGAACACCUCGCUGAGUGGGCUUUUGCUCGAUAAAAAAGCCACCUUCCAAGAGUUAAUGCAGCAUGCCUCUUCUGCAACUCUAACUCGGAGCACACCCUGGGCCUUCGGCCUUCAUGACGCUGCAUCCAACACCGAUAUACUUUCGCGUCUUUUGUUGGUUUAUGGUCGAAACAAACAGGUGGUUCCAAUUGUUAACAAGGAUAUCAAGAACAUAGUGACCACCAGCGCUUCAAGGCAUAUUCAUCCUUCCCAUUACAAGGUUUUGAACACGCUCUUUCCAUCUCCUCACACAAAGGUCACACGCCAACUGGAGAUUAUCAUCAAGGAGUUUCUAAAAAAGGAAGUACUGGAUUAUUCUGGGGUUCGUGAAAUAAUCCUCAAGGAUCUACUCUCCGGUUUGGAUAAUAGUUGUAAUUAAUGCGGCAUUUCUGGCCGCGGGCCGGCAUAACCUGGAGUGCUGGCUAUAUUCGAUAACCGAAACAUACUUAGAGUUUGUAUAAUCAGGAGUGUAUAUGUGUGAUUGAUUAUAUAAAGCAUUAAUAUAUUAUAAUGACAAUAG